AACCCUGACCUUGCUUUAAGUUAAGAUAAGAGGAAGCUGCCUACCAAAUGUGGUGGCCCUGGCUCUUACUGUUUAGGAGGAGCUCUUGAACAAAUGGACUUGCAGAGAUAUGGGCUCACAGACAGACGCUCUCUAAUAUAGAUAUAGCUACAGUGCUUCUAUUGGCUAAUUGCUAAGUUAUCUGACAAAAAACUAGAGUUUUCCAGUGCCUUAGCAGCUCCUGGAAAGAGGUGAUGUGUGGAAUGGAGGGGGAAGAGGUCAGUUCCGUUCUCCUCCCCCUUGAACAAUCAGCUGCUUGACUUGUACUGAGCAUGCUCAGUGACACUGCUGAAGCUGCUGUGCUCAGUCUGCCCCCCACGCUCUCGCUCUCCCCCUCCCCUUACAUCACUACAUACUCUCAGGUUGCCCCCCCAUCUGCAAGCCCCUUGUAACACAGAGUCCUCCCCAAACAGUUAGGCCCCAACCCUUCUGCCAUUCCACAGAGCUCCUGCCACCUCCUGCUCUGCACCCCCAUAGACAUUUCCCCAUCCCCACCUCUUCCCUACAACCUUACAUACCGCCUUUCCCUGCCCCCCAAACCAUGCUCUGCCGCACAGUUCCUUCCUGAGGCCCAACCCAGGCUCCUUUCACUCUGCUGAGCCCCAUCCUGUCCUUGCAGGCCCCUGCCCUCUCCCUCUCCCUUCCAUCCCCUAUGGUGUUUAGGGGUCACCACAGUGAUGCCAUUACAAAGGGGGGGCCUCUGAUCCGGAAUCUCCAGGCCUCUGGGGUUCUGGGGCCACCAGGACAGUCAGCCUGGGAAGUGAGCGCAGAUGGGGACACGACAGAAGAAAGGAGGAGCUGAGGAAAUUGGAACGCGGGGUCCCAAAAAGGGGGAGGUGGGGCAAACAAGCACCAUGGACUAUCUGACUGUGCCCAUUGUGUCGGGCCUCCAGAUGGAGAAGCCUCCAUACAAGGAGGAGACGCCCCCUGUGUCCCAGAUCUCCUCGCACAUCACUUCUGCCUCCUCCACUCCCCCGAAGAUAACAAAAGCUUCCCUAUCAUGGCUGAUCUGGGGCAUCUGUGCCUAGGCAAGCAGGGACAGGGACGGAAGCGGAUGGGCAAGAUGGUCCUGUUGCAGAGUGUGUGGGAGAAGACUUUGCCCCAGCUGCUGACCCUGCGGGCCAUCAUCCGCAAGUUCACUGAGCUGCUGGCCUUCGAACUCUUCAUCUUCACCGUGGUCGGCAUCCACACGACCGUGCUGGUGGCGCAGACCUUUGCUGAAGUGCAGGUCCGCGGAGAAUGGUUCUUCUCUGCCAUGGAUGCUGUUUUCCUGUGUGUGUACGUGCUGGAGGCACUGCUGAAAAUCAUCGCCCUGGACCUUGACUACUUCCGCAACCCUUGGAACGACAUUGAUUUUUUCAUCAUGAUCAUGAUGAUGCUGGACUUUGUGCUGCCGCUCCUUCUCUCGAUGGGCCAAGCCACCCAUAGUGACGCAAGCAGCCUCGUCCGCGUGCUCCGCGUCUUUAAGGGCAUCCGAGCUGUGCGGGUCCUGAGGCUGCUGCUCACACUGCAGAUCCUGGAGAACCUGCAGGAACUGACGAGCACCUUUGCACUGUCCGGCCCGUCCAUUGGGGCCAUCCUGCUGCUGAUGUUCACCUUUCUCUUCAUGUUCUCAGUAGACACGCAUGACCUGUUCCAAAGCUCAGACCCCCAGCACUUCGGGGAGCUCUUUGAUACCAUCUUCACCCUCUUCCAGCUCUUCACACUGGACGACUGGUCCUUCAUCUACCUGGACUGCGUCCAAACGGGUGCCUCAUACAUUAUCUUCUUCCUCAUGGCCUACAUCAUCAUCGAGUACUUCACCUUCCUCAACCUGGUGAUUGCUGUCCUGGUGGACAAUUUCCAGUUGGCCCUGAUCAAGCGUCAAGAGCUGCAGAAACAGAAGACUCUGUUGCAGCCCAGGGUGAGCAGCAUAGAAGAUAUCGUAUCAAGAAAGCCAGGCCAGGAGGGGCAGAAGGCCACGAAGCUGGAGGAUGAUGAGGCCAUCUUGGCUCAGCUCAUCAAGAACAUGGAAGUCAGCAAGAGCAGGGAGAAGCAGCUGCUCUUCACCUACCUGCAGCAGAUGGCAUCCAUUGAGCAUCUCCAGCAGAAGUUCCGCUCCCAGGCUGCCACUACCGAUAAGAUUAUUGACAGCUUCUUUGAGGUGGGGGAUACCAGUAUUAGGUAUGGGGAGGGAGCGGCCGAGGGGCCUGCGCCAGGAGGAGGAGGGAGGGUUAUUAGGCUGGUGGGGCCCAGGGGUCUGGGCCAGGAGGAGGGAGGGAUACUGGGCUGGCAAAUCCCAGGGAUCUGAUUUCAAGUAGCAGCAAAGGGAGCAGGACACAGGGUAUGAUGGACCUAAAGCUAGGAAGCCAUCAGUAGCCACUGUGCUGCCAACGGCAGCUGUCCAGGACCACUGGGGUGGGGCUCAGUUUGGGGGACCCCCAGGUGCCACAAGCUCCAUUGCAGAAGGCACCAUGCUGCCUUGUCCACACUGGCAGGGAUCAGCAAGGGAACUCCAGGGGCCCAGGAUUCUACUUGCUCCCCUCUGUUGCUUGCAGACUGCUGAGCAGGACUUUUCCCGCCGCUGAAGAGGUCGGGUUGCCCCUGCGGUGGGGAAGGAUGUGCCCAGAGGCCCCGGCACUGUGUGAGGCUAGCCAGGCCCCAGAUCCAGCCCUCACCCAGAGAUGGCCAUGGCUGUCAUUAAAAGGUUCCUGGCCCCCAGCAUGCAGGGAAAUGGUGUGUGCAGACUAGUGAAUGGGAGGGGAAGGAUGCCAGGCCACCCACGUCUUCCCCCUGCUUGGGGCCCUGCACUCGUAAGAUCUUGCCCCAGCUCUGACGCUGCUCCAAAGUACUCUGGCUUCUGCCCUCCCUGAACAUGUGGCAUGCAGAAGAUCAGUGACAGGUCCCUGCAGCCCCUGGCCUAGACAGAUGAGCCAGUAGGGAAGCAUUUCUAAGGGCCAGCACUGCAGCCACUCAGCCUGCCCGCCCUGGGGGAGGUCACCACCUGUCCAGGGAUCCCUGUUAAACCAGUCGCAGGGGCUUUGGGAACCUCACAGAGGCCAACUGAGGUCAGUGGCUGGGAGCGAUGCCAGACAGAUUUAGAGGGGAGUGAGGGGCAGAGGUUUAGCAGUGAGGGGGAUGCCCCUGGAAUGGUCCAUCCCCUGUGGGCUGUACACCUAGACUGUGCAG